AUGAGACACCUAAAGAAAUUCCUAACAAAUUUUCGAGUUAGAAUUAUGCAAUUAGAUCUGUCUUAGCUGAUUUAAAUAAAACACACCACCAUCUACCAAAAAAAAUACUGUUUAAUUAAUUUUAUGUUGAUACUAUCUUUCACAAAACUUUCUGAUAUCUUAAAGAGAAAGACAGAAACAAUUUGUUUGGCAACAAGUACUAUUUUAAAACUAAAGAUUUAAUAAACUUAGUUUUUUUAUUUUUAAUUACAGGAUUAGCAAGAAAUAUCGUAUAAAUUUGAACCUUAAUUCAUUUAAACAUAAAUAUUAUGA